GCACAUGCUGGUGACGUCAACGCUGACUUCCGCUGCGGAAGCCGUGUCUGAUGUAAACAAAGCAGAAACAACUCUUCACGUAGAAACAAUAGAAUCUGUGUCAAACAUGUACGCGCGUGGAGUCUGAUCCAGGACCAGGACCAGGACGAGGACCAGAACUGGAACCAGCACCAGAACCAUAACUGGAACCAGGACCAGAACCAUGUCUAUGGAAGAUCCGUUCUUCGUCGUCAAAGGGGAGGUGGAGAAGGCAGUGAACGCAGCACAGGGUCUUCAUCACAGAUGGAGGGAGCUGCUGCAGGAGGGGGGCGGAGCCUCCACACAGGAAAUGGACUGGACAACCAAUGAGCUGAGGAACAGUCUGCGCUCCAUCGAGUGGGAUUUAGAAGAUUUGGACGAGACUGUCAGCAUCGUUGAGUCGAACCCCAGGAAGUUUAAUCUGAACGCUGCCGAGCUUUCAAAGAGAAAAGCCUUCAUCACUGUCACCAGACAGACACUGCAGGAAAUGAAAGAGCAGAUGUCGAGUCCAGCAGCUUCGUCAUUGGACAGAAAUAACAAACAGGGACCGUCAUGGCGACCUGGUGCUGAUAAAUUCAUCCGUCUGGAUCAACAGCUGCAAAACGCCAACUCUCACUUCAUCGAGGAGCAGAACGUUCAGCAGCAGAUGAUAGCAGACCAGCAGGAUGAGCAGCUGGAGCUCGUGUCAGGAACAAUUGGAGUUCUGAAGAAUAUGUCGGAGCGGAUUGGCCAGGAGCUGGACGAACAGUCUGUGAUGUUGGACGACUUCAGUCAUGAGAUGGAUAACACUCAUUCUAGACUGGACAAUGUCAUGAAGAAACUGGCCAAAGUGUCUCACAUGACCAGUGAUCGGCGUCAAUGGUGCGCCAUCGGUGUGUUGCUCAUCAUCCUCUUCAUCGUCCUCCUUCUCUUCUUCAUCCUCUGAAUGAUGAUCACAACCAAACAGACUCGACUGAACUCUGAUCUCUAUGAGUUUCCUCUGGCUUUCAUAUUGUGUUCAUAAAGUACAGUAUUACACAUCACAGCAUUCAGCUGGACUCUCCUAGACCCUUUUGGACUCUUCUGGACUCUGCUGGACCCUCCUAGACUCAGCUGGACUCAACUGGACCCUCUUGUGGCGAGUUUCUACCGGCUCUACUCGCUUCGCCUUGCCACGGCAUGGUUAAGUUGCGUUUCCACUAGCAUUUUUUUAGUACCUGCUCUGGCGAGGUUCCAAGCAUGGUGAGUAGGUACU